GGCCGAUAUACGACAGAAGGGAGCGAGGGAAGCAUUAAUCUGUAUGGAAGUUUAGGCGAUUUCGAUGGGCCGUCAGACUCUCGUUACCACCGAGUACUAGAGGGUUGAUUCCAAGAAGGCCGCGUCGCGCCCCGGCAGCACCGAUCGAAAUCCCGCCGAAUUCUCGGAGGCUCCGCAGAAUCAAUAGCGUGUUUGAUCUGGGGGGGGAGGGGAGGCCAUGCAGCCUUGGAAGACGAAGGUGGUAUGUGCCGGCCGGUACCGCCCGAGGCAGUUCGAAUACCACCCGCUGCAAGAGAACGUGGUCGUUUUCGGCACUUUGAGAGGCGAGGCCAUCGUUGCCGACGUGGCGAGCAAUACCGUCUGCUCGUCCAUUUCGUCAGGGCUAUCGAAGGACAAGCAUGACUCCAUACUUGGCCUGUGCUGGAUGAAACGGUCCCCCAGCCGUUUCAUAGUCGGCUCCAGCUACGGGUAUCUGCGGCUGUGCGAUGCAGGCGCGAUGCCCUCCGUGGGGACACGAAACGCCUCCGAAGCCGCGGAGAGGGCGGAGGAGCUCCUACAAGAUCACCACGGCGACUUGACCAGCCGGUCCAACGCGGUGCAGGAGGCGAUGCCAUUCGGUGGUAUGGGUGGGGCGGAGAACGGUCCCGGGAACGGGCCAAUCGGUUUGGACCACCGGUUCUCCGAAGACGGGAGAAUCGUUACCGAGUUCGCGCAGUUCGAGAAGCUGACGUCUGUACACAUCAACUCGACCGAUGACCAAAUGCUGGCUUCUGGGUACACGUACGGCGUCAAGCUUUUCGACCUCGGCACGGGUCAGGUGGUUCGAGAUUUCGAGGAUGUACACGAGGAUCACAUCAACAUCAGCCGGUUCGCGAACCACUCGCCCUUCGUCUUCGCCACGUCUAGCUUCGACAAGACUGUGAAAGCAUGGGAUUCUCGGGUGCGCGCGGACAACGCCCCCAUCUACACGUGCCAUUCGGAGAUGGGGCACGUGAUGUUGAGCUUCAGCCCGGACGACGUGUUCUUGCUGACCUCGGCGGUGGACAACGAGGUGAAGCAGUACCUAGCCUUGGACGGACGGCUGCACAUGGACCUCGACGUGCCCAAGACGGGCUUGGACGAGAACUUCACCAGGUCCUACUACACGUCCAGCGGCAGGCUCAUCCUCUCGGGGUCCUCGGAAGAGCAGACGGUUCGCCUCUACUGCGCUCAGACGGGGCGGCUCAUCCACUCCGCUGAGAUGUACCCUGGCCGCAAGCACGGGUCGCUGUACGUGCAGUCCUUGAGGGGCGAUCCCCACCACGACUUCCAGUUCAGCGUGCUGGUCAACUACCGAGAUACUGCGUACCCCCUGGAGAUCGUGAACGUGGACAUGCUGCAGGGGACCGGCGGGGAGGACCUGAGCUCUCUCAUGGCGUACGCCUCCUCCUCUCGACUCUCCGCCGACCUUCGGCGAGCCUGCGUGGACAAGCAGGGGGCCGACCUCUUUCUUGUGGCGAGAGACCGAUCGCGCUUCCCCGCACACAAGGCGGUUGUUGCUUGCCGCAGUGCUGUGCUCGGGGGUCUCCUGGCCAAGGCUGCCGCUGCUGCGUCGUCAGAGGAGGGAAAGAAGGACGCUGCUGCGGGCUCGGCGAGCCUCCGGCUUACCAUCCGCUCCGAAGAAGGCAACGACUGUAACGGCAAGGGUAGCGACAGCGGCGGCGGUGGCGGCGGCGGCGGUAACGGAGGCGCGUUUUCUUCGCAGGAGGCUAGUGCUACAAAGAAGGAUGCCGAAGGAGGAGAAAGAGAGGACCCCGAGGCGGCGGUAACGACGACGUGCGUCUGCCUCCCGCGGGCCGUGUCGCCGGACAUCGUGCCCGUUAUCCUGGCCUACCUCUACACCGACAGGCUCGAGGCCUACCCGGAUAAUCUCCGCGACGGGUGCGCGAAGGAGUACGUUGACCCCGGGGGGGGUUGCUCUAGCGGAGGAGGAGCGUCGGAGCCGGAGGUCGGGGGGGGCUGUAGCGGGGGAGGAGGGGGGGCGGAGGCAGUGGGUGGUUGCCGGUCGUCGACGCCAAUGGAGGGUGGAGACCGUGAGGGAGUCGGGCUCGGCGGCGGGGGGGAGAGGGGUUCUUGCGGGGAAGGGGCUAUGACGAGAAACAAGGUGGCCUUGUAUGAGAAGGUACUAGAGGCGGCGGGGGCCCUGGGGUUGCAUCGCCUGAGGAGCCUCGUGGAGUGGGAGUGUCGCCAGCUUGUCAACACGACCACGGUACUGUUGGUGGCAUCCGUUGCCCUGAGGCAAGGGACGGAGCAGCUCCUCAGCUACUGCUUACACUUCCUCGGCACUCACCUACAUCCGGUUCUCGAGCUACACGGGGAAGGGUGCCUGCCCCCCUCGAUUCAGGCUAAGGUGGACGAGCAGCGGAGACGUCGCGUUUACGCACUACACGGCGACCCCAACCCGAUAGCAGCACCGAUAGCACCGUCGUGGAUGACCGCAACCACCGACACGAUGACAGUCCCGUCGCCGCCGCUGAACCCGAGCGGUCAGGCUGGUGCCGGCAGCAGCACCGGCGCCGUUCUGAGGAAUAGUGCUGGGGCUGGGCAAGGGGGCGCGGCGGCGGGGGCUACGAACGGACCGCAGAACGCCUUCCAUGGCUUGGAUCCCACGGAGGACGAUGAUGACGAUGAUGAUGAUGAUGAUCUCGGGAUGCUGAUGGAGGAGGAGGAGGGCUUUGUGGAGGCAGCAGACAACAACGGUGGUGGUGGCAACAACGAGGGCGAGGCUGCUGAAGGGGACGAGGACUACGACGGUUUCAUCGACGAAGAGGUGGACGUGGACGACGACGAGCCCUCGAGCGACGGGGAGUCGCUGAGCGUUGACGACGAUGACGAUGACGAUGACGAUGACGAUGGUGACUAUGAGGGUGGCUGGAUGGACCCUUACCAUGGAGGAGGAAAACUCCCGGCUAUCGUCAGAAAACGCAUCGUGCCGACGGUGACGGGUCACACCGCAACCGCCGUUCUGGGGUCCCGGAUGAUGGUGCUCGGCGGCGGGAACAUCCGUCAGUUUCACUCCUGUCGCCACGUGCUGGUCUACGACCCCAUCGAGAGGACGUGGUCGAAGCUCGACACCCGGGGGAACGCUCCCUCGGCUCUCAUCUAUCACAGCACCACCGCGCUGGAGCCGCCGUGGGGGGCUCCGCGGAAUCUUCUGGUCUGCGGAGGCAACACCAACCCCAGAAACAUCAACGCAAUCUCCCAGACGCAAGUGAGCGUCCUGGACUGCUUGACUAUGGAAUGGCAUCGCCCAAAGGUGGAGGGAGACCCCAUCGGGGUACGCACUCGUCACACAGCCGUGGCGGUGCACGCGGACUACGAGCACCACCGCGAUCGCGUAAACGUGAACAUGAGCCAGCCGGACGAGCUCGCCGCCGAGGAAGAGGAAGGUCUGCUCGACGCGGACGAUUACCUCCUUGAGGGCAAGGGCUGCGGCAAGCGACGCGAAAUCCCCGGGAGCCCCGCGGAAGGAGGCGGGCGUAGUCCUACCCCCCCUCGAGACUUCGGGGGAGACACCAACAUCAUCAUUUUCGGCGGCUUCAGCCCGAUCGCGGGGCACGCGUUUAACGAUGUGGUGGUGGUGAACGUGCAUCGCCCUUCGACGACGGCCCACCCCAGCGGCCGUAGCACCGGCGGCGGUGACACCGCGGGCGCCCUCCCCUCAUUCCACGGAAGCAGCAGUAACAAUAGUAGUAGAAGUAGUAGUAGUAGUAAGAGAUCGCAACCCGCGAGACGACGACGCCGCAGUAGCACGAGCGAAGACGGCGCACACCCCGUCGUGUCGGAGGACGACAACAACAACAACUCCGAUGAUGAUGACGGAGGGCGUGAGGCCAACGGCGGGGGGUCUAACGAUGGCACCGGCCGGAACGGGUACACGUACCGGUGGGUGUAUCCGGUCGUCCGCGGAACCCCCCCGGUCGGCCGGCUUGCGCAUUCUGCGGCGGUGGUGCGCCUUGUGGAAGGGGAGGGAGGCGGGGGCCGCGGCUCCUGGCGGCGGCAGCAGCAGCAGCAGGCUUAUAUGGUGGUCUUCGGGGGGGUGGGGACUGGGUCUCUCUUCAAUGACGUCCAUUGCUUGAGGUGUAGCAGCGGGCGGACUUUGGAGUGGGAGAAGGUGUUCGUGAGAGGGAGAAGGCCCGCCAGACGGUACGGGCACUCGAUGGUGCCGCUGACCGCGCCCUCCGGCACCUGCGGCUACGCCAAGCUCGUCCUCUUCGGAGGCACCUCAGGCCACCACGCGUUCAACGACAUGUUCCUCUUGAACCUAUCCUGGGGGACAGUGGACGGGCAGCACGGCAUCUUGGCGAAAUGGGAGAGCCUGGCUACGCAGAUUACCGGUGUUUUGCCCAGCCCCCGAUCCCGCCAGACGGUGUGCCAGCUCAACGGAGAGCUGAUCAUCUUCGGCGGAUCCAACGAGACCCGAACGACCAUCAACGGACAGCCGGCGAGCAGGGAGGUCGAUGCCGUCGUCUUCCACGUCAGGCCGCGGCUGCGCAAGAAGCUUCUCGCCCCCUCUCAGGGAUACGGGGCCGAAGGCGGGGCAGCAGGCUUGGCUUCGUCGCUGAAGGGGUCGCCGCCAAACGACGACCGGGCGGUAUCGUGGUGGUACGAGAGGGCCAUGGCCAAGGAGGUCUACAACAACGCGGGCCUUGUCGAAGCCGCGCAGCAGCGGAGGGCGGCCGAAGCGGCGCGGGCGGCGGCGGCCGCGUUGGAUGCAGCGGCGGCCGAAAGACGACAGCGUGACCCCCCGGCCGAACUCUUCACGGGCCCCCCGCCGUCCGGCGUGCGCUUACCGAUGCGCGCGGAGACGCCGUGGAGGGAUACAUCGAGGGGGUGGGGGGGCGGUGCCGGGGCGGCAGCCGGCGGAGCCCCCGCUACCGCCUUUGGGACGUUCGGUUUCCUGGGCGCUGCUGCCUCCGUGGCCAGAGGCGGCCGGCUGCGGCGGCCCCAGCAGCAGCGGGGUGGGGGCUUGUCGCAGCCCCCGCCGUCGUUGCAGGAGUGGCCGGGGGAAGCUCCGACGUCCGUUCGACCGUACCGCGUGAAGGUUGUCUGGGAGUGCAUCCGACCGGAUACCUUCGUGUACGAGCCGGGGCCGGAGCCGCCUGUGGUGGUGAGACCCAUGACGCUUCACAAAGACAUGCAGACUCUCAUCGACAACGACCGCUUCUCGGACAUCAAGUUCCGGUUCCAGGCUGUCGACUUCGCCCUUCCGACGACCCCCACCAACACGGCUCACUACGCGAUAGUGCCCCCGCCAUCUCCGCCGCCGCCCGGAAUAUCUCCACUGUCGCCGCCGGCUUGGUCCCGGUCCCCCCGGCCUGCUGGUGGCAAUGACGUCCCGGCUGCUGCUGCGGCUGCUCCCUCCAAGCUGCCAGAAGACCCCGGUGAACCAGUGGGGUUGGGGCGAGGGUCACGGGGUGACGCGAGCGGGAAUGCUGGGGGGAAUGGUUGGAAGAGCCGGAGCGGCAGGAUGCAGAGCGUGGUGAUGCGGUCGUCUGCGGGGCGAGAGUGGGAGAGUUCUAGGUGA